AGAGAGUCUGGGGACGAGGCUAAUUGUGAGAUGGUAGUGGGAGUCUUUCCAUUAGGGAAGUUGCUCUAUUUGGGAAUCAGGCAGAUUUCCAAACCGAUUGCAAACCAGCUGAAAGCCGGCGCAAAGCGCAGCUUGUGGUUCAAACGUUACGUCUGCAUGCCACCAGCCCAAGCGUACAACUGGCUUCAGAUGAAUGUCAAAAUGCGUGUAAUGGGGACAACUGGGAAAGUGGAAGUCCCAAAGCUCAAUGAUGAAACAGCUGUUGAGCUAGGAGCAGAAUUGAUUGGUGAAUUUUUCAUUUAUACCAUUGCAUCUGCAGGAAUUUUUGCUGAGUACUAUCGAAGCUCAAGGAAGGAACAAGAGAAACAGGACUUACAGGAUGAGAGUUUAAAGACAUUGCAGGCAAAAGUACAAGAGCUUGAAUUAAGUGUUGAAACACAAGCAGCUCAACUAAGAGAAGUCGACCGGUUAGUACAAGGUAUGAGAGGACGUCCUAGUGAUGGUAAAUAUCACUCCAAAACAUGAAAUAGCGUAUUAAAACAAGAUAAUGCAGCUGUAGGUAUAGUGAUUAUUGAACUUGAAAUAAUGGUCACAAACUGACACGAGGAACAAAUACAACUUGUAUUUUGUAGAAUGCGUCUUUGCUUGCAGGGACUACUUAGAGUUUGGUAACUGGGCACAAUGCUACCUUUAGGGUUGUGGUCAUUGCCAUCUGCACCCAUGGUUUAUAAUGCGUAACUUCUUGAGCUAU